GCAGGGUGCCCCCCUCAGCUUGCCGCCACAGGCAUGCGCUUGGAGCGCUGGUGCCUGGAGCCGCUGCUGACAGCAGAGCUCCAUAGGGGAAGCACUUCUGAGAAAUUCUGAAUGUAUAUUUGUGCUUUAUGGGAUGACUAAGUUUUAGUAAAUGUGAGGUGUCUGGGAGUGCACGUGUGGUGUUUACUUUGGAUAGUUCUCUGUGUCUGAUAGGUGUACAUAUGGUGUAUGAAAUAAGUGAAUGAAAGGAUGUGUAUGUAGGAGUGGGUAGAUGUGUGUAUGUGGUUAUGUAUGAAAAUUCUAUUGUGUAUGGAAAUCUGUGUGGGCAUGAAUGAGUGUGUGUUGUAAUUGAUGCAUGUGGUGGACAGAAGUCUUCAAAGUUCUAUUUCCAAAUGCACUGUGCUGUACUCUCCUGUGAGGGAGUGGGUCCUUCUCGGAAGGUCCAUAUAUCACAUCCCUGUCAGCUGCAUUUCCCUGGAUACUAAGCUGUAACUUUCAAAGCAACAGAAACAAAACGUCUGAAGAUCCGCCUUUCUCCCCUCCUUAUUGGACAAUGUAAAUCAGAGCUUUUUAAGACCGGCUGUGUUUUUUUCUGUAUGAGUUAACUGGGCAAUGGAGCACGGAUUAGUAACUGAAAGAGGCAUGCUUUAUUUCUAGCUCUCCUUCCACAUCUCUCCCAGUAGAUCAGUGAGGCAGGAUCUUAUUAGCUACAUUUGACAGUUCCCUUUGCAACAUUUAUUAACUAACUUAUUUCAAUUUGGACCUCUCACAUUUAGGAUUUAGCGUUUGGAAAUUUGGUCGCAGUUUUUAUUUAUUUAUGAGACUCAUUCUCUCUUUUGCUAUUGUCUUUAUCACUAAUCUCUUUAUUUACUGUUGGGGGAGAAGGAAUAUUUAUUGUAUUAAUUUCCUUAGUGGAGGAGACUUUGCAUAUUUUUUUGGCCUAUAUUUUUGUCCCUCUUCUCCCCCCAAACAAACAAAAACAAACACACACACACAAAAAAUGCAGUGACUUUUGUUGCAACUAAACUCUUAAAACUAGAUAAUUUUUCAAUAGGCUAUUGGUGUGCAUUUGUGUCUUUUAUUUCCAGCAGCGAGAUGCUACUAGACACAGAGACAAGGAAAGCCAGCAUCCUAGCCUCACUCCAGGCUCUGGGGGAGGAUUCUGCAAAUGGGAGAAACAGGAGGAAUCACAGAAGAAAGCUCAUCUCUGGUCCGAAUCCUACUGUGUGUGGCUGCCUUCCCCCAGGGAAACAUCUGCAUGGAUCCAGAUUCACUGAUAGAAUCCUCCAAAGGGGAAAUCUCACAGGACCACUGGCUCUGGAAAGGGUGAAACUGACAAAAGCAAAGCUGGGGAAAAAAUUCAGAAUUCCUAAAGGCAAAGAAGACAGCAGAUGGGCACUUUCCCAAUCUCUGCAGGAGGUCAUGUACUCUGCCCAGGAAGACCAGGCAUGCUUUCAGCCAAAUCUUCUGUUCAGAUUUCAGAAAGCUGCUAAAAGCAUUGUUAUGCUUUGCUUACUUUACAGAGAGCACCACCUACUAGCCAACCUCAACUAUGGGAUUGAGAGAGUCAAGAGAUGGAAAUCCCAAUCAAACCACAUGGAACAGUCUAAGGAAGAGAUCCUCUUUGAUGUGACACUGUUCAGGACUAAAAAACAGUCAAGGAUCUCUGAGCGUGCCAUACAUAUUCUUCAUCAGUGUCCUCAGGAGCGAAGUGAGAAGGACAUCAGCUACAUAGUAAUCACCCUGCAGCCCGUGAAGGCCUUUGGAAAUUACUCCACAAUGAUUCAGAAGGAGGUGGCAAAGGCUGCAUGGUAUUCAAGGGAAUCUGUCCUUUCUAGGUAUGAAUCCUGCCAAGUGAUGAUCCAACAGGGCUACAUACCACACUCCUUCUAUAUCUGUCUCUCAGGAUCUGCAACAGUUAUCAAGAGGAACGAUGUCAGUGGCCAAGUAAAGCCUGCCUGGUUCUUUAGUCGAGGGGAUGCAUUUGGGGAUAGAGAGAUUAUAAAUGGUGACUACUGGCAGACAACUGUUAUUAUUCAGGAACCAGCUGAGUUUCUCUGUAUUGACCGAGAGGAUUUUAUCAAGAUUUUCCUGUCCGGUGGGAAAAAAGUGUUUGGAGAUCCUGAGCAGAUGCAGUUUCUGAGAAGUCUGCACUGUUUUAAAGGUUGGCCCAUCAAUCUGCUGGAAGACAAUCCUGGAAAAUGCAUUGUCUGUCACUACAGAAGAGGAACUGUCAUUCUGAGAAACAGUAAUGUGACUGAAUGGAUUUACAUUGUGAAAGAAGGAAGUUGUUCUGUGCUGAAGAUUUUUAAAGAUGACUCUUGCCUAAGCAACAGAGCACCCAUGAACAGAAUAAUGCAAGCUGAAGCUGGCAUUCACAAAUCUUUGUUGACAAGCAGGACAGAGACUCCUGUGAUCAUUGCCAUAGACACCUUGCUGCAGGGAUCUGUGUUUGGACUGUUAGACUUUCUUUUUGAGGAUCAGCCAAAUUUGUGUGUAGUUAGCAAUGGAGCGGAGUGUCUUAAGAUCUCAAAGAAGUUUUACCUGCAUCAUGCCUCCAAAGAUCUUCUUCAGAGGCUGCGAAAAAAAGAACGUUCCUAUCCCAGUGAGGCAGAGCUAAAGGAACAGCUGCAGCAGGAGAUACAAUGGCAGAUUUUUCGCAAAGCUGCUUUAAAGAGCACAGUUCAACAGAUUGAAUUGAAACGCAAACUGCUUCAACAUUCCUAUAUGAGUAAAGGGCUUUACCCAUGGUGUAAGAACUGACAUGUGCACAAAUUUCUGUCAACAGUGAAGCUAUAAGAUACCAGUCAGUACCCACUAAAGCGGCAAAAAGGUCCAUCUCCAGACGCCAAAAUCUUGUGAAAGAUGGCGGUGUUAUUAAAUCAAGCCUGUAGUUUCUUCAUUUUUAGGGUAGGCUACAAUGGUGAAAACUUUCAGGGAACUGUCUUUCCCUGUAUUUCUUAAAUCAUUAAAAUGCUCUUUCCUUCAUGUUAACGCCCUCUGACAGACAUCAUCUGUUUUUGAAUGAUUGGUAUCUGUACCAUUCUUCUACCCAACUUUAUCAACAGGUGAAGGAGCAUGAAGUAAGUUUCUUCUAGAUAAUUAAUACACCCUGACUGGGAGUGUCAUUGCGGCUGUUAUCUACUGAUGGUAUGCACUUAAGUAUGAUUGAUUGGAUUAUAAAUGACACUGUUUAUUGCUGAUGCUAACAAUAGCAUAGUUAGACUUGUGUGGUGUCCUUUGUAUAAAAAGGCUAUUAUUCCAUCCGGGAGAGAAAUCAGGAAAGGGUCAGAAUAUUUGCUGCUGGAGAAAAUAGUGCAUGAAAAAUGCAGAAUUUGCUGUAGUGAAAAGCAGUAGAUACUAUUUUAUACACUUAGAAGUUGAAUCCAAAGUUGUGGAAUUCUAUAGUCUAUAUGAACGAACAGGCUGACAGCCUUGAAAAAACAGCAAAGAAGCUGCUAUCAUGUGUUGUCGCCACCCUGGGUUUUACUUUUAAAAUAAACUGCCUUAAUUAACCUUUUCAACUGUACUUAUUUGUUU